CGGUUGGCAACAUCGGGCUAGUCUUCAAGCGGAGUGUUUUGGUUCAUGUAUGCGGUGAUACGAGUGUAAUCGUAAAUAAAAGUUAAUAAUAAUGGGUCGCGUUCGCACCAAGACCGUGAAGAAGGCCGCUAGGGUCAUUAUUGAGAAGUACUACACGCGCCUCGGCAGCGACUUCCAGACCAACAAGAGAAUUUGUGAUGAGAUUGCCGUCAUCCCUUCGAAAAGCCUCCGCAACAAAAUUGCUGGAUUCGUGACACAUUUGAUGAAGCGUAUUCAGCGUGCGCCGGUGCGCGGCAUCUCGAUCAAGCUGCAGGAGGAGGAGCGUGAGCGCCGCGACAACUACGUGCCUGAGGUGUCGGCUCUCGAGCUCGACAUCAUCGAGGUGGACGCCGACACCAAGGACCUCCUCAAGAUGAUGGACUUCGACAAGCUACCCGGCCUGCAAGUUACGCAACCUACUGUGGCUACACCGUUCAGUGGGCCCCGUCGUAACUAAUUGUUUUCGGCAGGAAUAAAGAAAAAAAAUGAC